GGUCAGCGACAUGGUGCUGGACGCUUCUCUGCUCCAGCGCUGUGCGCGCCGCGACGGCCUUUUGCUCCGGCCGCGGACGCCCCUGGUGGUACAGGACGAGUCGUUUCUCAGGGGUUACCACCGGACGGGGCGCGUGGCGAGCUCCCAUAUCGACAACGAUACGGUCGCAGUCUUGCGGGCGAACUUCACGACCAAAAACUUGGAAGAGAUCGAGACGAGGAGCCGCGCGCUACUUCAAACCCAGAGUACCGAUGAACAUGUCAUAUCGGCAGAAGUAGAGCGCGCUUGCACAGAUGGAAGCUUUCUUGCAGACGACAGCGGAGAUGUCGACGUCCAAGACGAAACUACCGAUGCGAAGACUGAUACGCUCCAAAAGAAAAAGUGGAUGCUUGCAAUUCACCGCGCAAGCGAAGGGAUGGGGAAAGACAUUCCAUGGGACACCAGUUUACCCCCUGGAAAAUCGCGUAACUCAGAAGGAAGUCCAUCUUCUUCCGAUUCCUCCGAUCUCCGGAUCGUUUGGUCGGCCGCUUCCGAUACGGAUGAAGAAGAUGAACAAGGUCGCGGCAACUACAUAAGUGCGAGUCUACAACAAACACCUGCUCCGCAAACGAGCCUUGACGCCGAAGCUGCUGGAGAGGACUUAGCACCAGCGCAUGCUCCUCACACUGCAGAAAUAAAGCUUUUUUCUUGCCGCGCGCCAGGGGAGAGCAAAGAAGAAGGAGCGACCGCGGCAAACUCAGGAGUGACAGCUCAGGAAAUUAUGCAACAACCGGUGUUGCAAGAAGAUGAAGAACUACAGCAACCCCAAGAUAACGACCAUCAAAUAAAGACAGUUACAGCAUCUGCUCCUCGAAAUGACUCUCCUGCGUAUGUGCCGUACGAUUUCUUUUGGAUGUAUCGCUUCUGGAAACCAACACAAACCACGCCUGGUCUCCUUCUCCUGGGUGAGUGGAAGAAAUACGUGCCACGAUCACGCCAGCGAUUUUCCAGUAUCCACCACGACGGCCCGCGACUUCGUUUUACCGCUGUUCUCGCGCCAAAGGAAGUCAUCGAAGUCACGUGGCUGCGCAUUGACGAAGACGACCACGCCCAUAAGAACGGGCGUCGUGAAGAUCACCGGCAUGCUGGUACCAAAAUCCAGCCGCAACAUAGGACGCUGACGCUGCAGAAUCACGAUCCAGACCACGAGCGCAGCAUAACGGUGAAAGUCGAGGUUCAUGCAGUACAUUCUGGCGCGGCGGGUCAAAAGUUGGGGGCUCCAGUUGCGCAGAUCAUGAACGCUGGCGAAGUGCCUUCAAAGCCGAGCAAGCUACGAGGAGAAUCACCCACAAUUCAUAUCAGACGGGAGAGCCAAGUCUUAGGAGGAGCGGAGAAGGAAAGCAGUGCAAGUGCUGGGAAUAAAAGUAAAACUCUUCAAGAAAGAAGACGAAGACCAUCGUGGCGAGAAACAGUUUACGUGUAUGAACAGGCCAUUGUGCCUGUAGGUCUUCCAGACGAGGCUGUUGUUACGGACGUUGGACGUUCGCAGGAGUCUCUGUCAUCUCAUGAUGGUAUGGGUAUCAUAACGGAAAAAAGAGAACUUGAAGGAAUCAAAACUCAAGCUGUGACUUCCGAGGUCAACAGGGCUGGCGCGAGUGUGACUCCAAGAGGUCGUCAGAAACAAAAACAAACGCUAAAUGAAAGAGAUGGUCGUGAAGUUUUCGUGUAGACGAAAAUGCAGAACGUCAUGUUGAGAAGAGCGCGCUGCCAGAUAGACAUGUUGAGAUAAAAUGUGUGAUGGGAAUAGAAGAAGGAAGCUUCUCAACCGCUCAACCGAAAGAUCCCCC